AUGGACCCUGCAAAACUUGAACUGUUACUUGAGCAGCAGCUGAAAUUGAUGCAAAUGUUGAUGGAGACCAAGAUUACGCCUCCUUUACAACCAAGCACGUCUAGUUCGACCACAGCACCAUCGGUUGAUGGCAUCGCAAAUAGCAUAGCUGAAUUUCAUUACGAUCCUGAUGCUAA